AUGAGGUUUUCAUUUGCAGCAUUGUUAAUUUUGCUGUCUUAUGUGCAUAAUGUCAGUGGAAAUGUUGACUCAAAGAGAUCUGAUCUCAAGAUUGAUGAUCAUGAAAUCGUAAAAAGAAAUGGUGAAUCUAGUCAAGCUUUUAAUGUCAAGUCAUCUGGAAAGAAUGAUAAUAGUGAUACCCAGGGGCAUUCAAAUGAUAAAGACAGUGAUAGUGACUUUACUAAUUCUCAAAGGUACGUGUCAUCUCAAGAAAUAUUUUCACUGCUGCUGACGACGCCAAGCCCUCUGGCUGAUGGUAACCAAUAUAUUAGAAAGGCCAGCUCAAGUUCUACUGAAGAACUGUCAACCGACUCGACUAAAAUGUCAACAACUCUGUCGAAGAACAUUUUUGCUGCUCUAACAUUCACUUCUGAGUCGACACCGUCAACAUCAGAAACUUCAACAACACCUGCAACUUCGACAUUGUCAACACCGUCAACAGCUUCUUCAAGUUCGACGGCAUCAACGGCAUCAACGGCAUCCGCGACUUCAAGAACACCGAUAGCAUCUUCGACUUCAACAUCAUCAACAGGUUCUACAACGCUGCCUUCAUCGACACGAUCAACGUCGUUGGAUUCACCAACAUCCCCGACUACUGUAGGCUUGACUGAUGCUACAUCAGGAAAAGGAACAACCGAAGACGAUACACAAACGAGUACUUCAAAUUGGUUUACUGGAUUAAUACCGAAUUUACUUUCAAGUACAACUUCCUCUUCAAGCACGGCACAUGAUACAGAAUCUCCUACGGCUACCGCCCCAACCCAACUGUCCUCAGAUGAUUCAAAGGGCGAAGAGAACGACAAGACGUCGAGCAGUAACGUAGAAUCAGCUAGUACAACUUAUGCUGUGCCAAGCUCUACUGAUUUACUCUCGGUCUUAACGGAUGCUUCCACUACCUCUUCAAAAUCAGCUUCGAGCGUGACAACUUCCAGUGAGGAGACAACUAAUACUUCAAAUGAACCAUCUACUUCUGUUGUUAAAGGAACGUCAUCAUAUGCUGAAAGUUCCUCGACAAAUAACCCAUUUGCGUUUCUUACAAGUGUCACGUCAUCAUCAGUGCCUACUGUUGAAGUGGGAUCUGUUACUAGUAUAGAUAGUGCUUCAACUGGAGGAAGUGAAACAGAAGUGGAGCCUACGACUACUGCAUUGAGCUCGACUUCUGCUGAUGCAUCUACGAUUGAAUCGGGUUCUAUCACAUCUCUUUUGACGCAUGAAAGCACGCUGUCUUUGGUUUCUUCCACGUCUGCUUUAUUUUCAUCCACUUCAGAAACGCUGGCUCAAGAUAUUGAUUCUUUGAGCUCAGAUUUUACUUCAACUGAGUCUCCAUCCGAGACCUCAUUUUAUUCUUCCGUCACCGCUGCAUAUCAAUCAGGGGACAUAAGCUCAGAAUAUCCGAGUACUCAGUUAACAGCAACGACACUUGGUUCAACUGGACUGCCCAGUGUACUUCCCACUGGUGCUACAGAUUCCAGUUUAAGUCAAAGUGUUUUGAUAGAGAGUAGCGACCUGUCGAAUCCAGAGGUCACCACAUCAACAGCUUCACUUGUUUCAGCUUCUAGUUCGAGUUUGGUGACGCCUGUUUUGACCUCCAUUGAGCAAAGUUCUGAGACAUCGAGUGACUUGUUCAGUUCCGAAUUCAUUGCUCCAUUAUCAUCUAUAUUGUCGGGUGAAAGUACCACUGCUUCAGCAAUCAGUGAAUUCAGCACUUUAUCUCCAGCUUCGACGAUGCUGGGUCAAACGAUUGCAGAAACUCAAAGUGCUACAUAUUCGACAGUUGUACCCUCUUCUUCUCCAGAGGAGGUGUCUUUAUCUUCUGAAGCAGUCGAAAUCUCAACAGCUCCAACAGCUGAUCUUACUCAAGAGCCGUCAUUUUCAGUAGUUUCUUCUUCGCAAACUGCGAUUUCUCCUGUAUCAUCAACUUUCCAAGCCGAAUCAACAGCUGCAUCGGAAUAUCAAGAAGGAACCUCCCCUUCAGCUUCAUCUUAUUUGCAAGUCGAAACCUCGCAAGCUCAGGACCAAAGUAGCUUCGCAACAGCCUCCGGGUCUAUUUCACAGGCGCUGACAGAUUUCUCUCAAUUAGAGAGCACAACGCAACUAAGCGAGAGCCCAAGUCAAUCAGAAUCUGGGUUAGGAGGUCAGGCAUCGGCUUCUGAAGUGGCAGCACCUUCUUCGAUUGCUAGCGCCUCCGAAGUUCUUGGAACACAAGUUACUCCUUCCCCAACGGGAGGAGCCAUUGAAUCAGGUGCUUCAGCUACAAGUUCUCCGAAUUGGUUACCAACUUCUUUAAUAACACAAGGACCGGAACCUUCAAAGACUCAUGGCACGGAUCAGGCUUCUUCCGCAAGUUCUACCCUGAUACCGACGUCGAAUUUACCGAAGGCAAUUACACCGGCUACUACUUCUGCGCCAGGUAAAAACUAUGAGCUUGUUUAUGUGGGCUUUAAAUCUCAACUCAAUUACCCUUUUGUUGCUCUGCAUUCAUUGUCAUCGGCCCAAAUAUUUGAGUAUUUACCUGGUGUCUUGAAGUAUCCUUUUGACGAUGAGGAUUCUUUCAAAGAUGUCACGGUGAACAGAUUAAUCCCUUUCAAGGCGCCUGGUAUUUCUUAUACAAUUACAGUUGCUGAAACUUAUUUUCCAUCGAGUGCAGUGUCUGCGCUUGCACAGUUCGUUCAAAAUACCCAAUCAAACUUGUAUCAAAAUACGGCAGCCACUCAGAAGAAUCUAGCCGAAUUGAUAGAUAGCCGGAUACCUUUGACUGGAUUGGAUACUGGAGAUUCAUCAUCUACCAGUAGCAGCACUAGUGAAUCAAAUAAUGGUUCCAUGGACUCGAAUGAUCAAAUGAAAUUUAACAAAGGAAAAAUUGCGGGUAUUGCCGUCGGAGCAGCAGCAGGUUGUGCUCUUUACCUUUCUUUGGUAAUUAUGCUUUUCAAGAAGUUCAAAAACCGUUCUGUGGAAUUACCUCCUUCCGAUUCCGAAUCUAGGCUUGGAGGAAAUUCUUCAUCGCCCUCUCUUAAUGAGAGCUCAAGAUUUGUACCAAUACUCAACGGAAGUGCCUCUUCAGGAGAGCAUUCGAAUCCAAGAAGCUUUCCUAUCUCUGACCCAGUCAAUGCAUCGAAUUCUUUGGGUUGGUCAUCUUGA